AGCAAUCUUCCAAGAUGCUGGUUGUCCUGCUCACAGCAGCUUUGCUGGUCCUGAGCUCAGCUCAGAGACAAGAUGAAGAGAUCACCUACGAAGACUCAAAUUCUCAGCUCCUAGAGAUGGGAGAGCAGAGCCAAGGGUAUGGUCAUCAUUUUCCAAAACCACCUCCUGGAGGAAUGCCCCCAAGACCUCCCAGUUCUGAUGAAAAUGAUGAUGGUGAUGAAGAUGGCAGUGAGGAAGAUGUGAAUAGACCAGAGGAACCACCACAGCACCCUCCUCACCCAGGACACCACCAUGGUCCUCCCCCACAGGGAGGCCCCCAGCAGAGACCCCCUCAGCCUGGAAAACAACAAGGCCCACCACCACAGGGAGGCCCACAGAGUCCCCUUAGGCCUGGAAACCAACAAGGCCCACCCCCACAGGGAGGCCCCCAGCAGAGACCUCCUCAGCCUGGAAACCAACAAGGACCACCCCUACAGGGAGGCCCACAGGGACCCCUUAGGCCUGGGAACCAUGAAGGACCACCCCCACAGGGAGGCCCACAGGGACACCCUAGGCCUGGUAACCAACAAGGCCCACCUCCACAGGGAGGUCUUCAGAGACCUCCUCAGCCUGGAAACCAACAAGGCCCACCCCCACAGAGAGGCCCCCAGCAGAGACCCCCUCAGCCUGGAAACCAACAAGGCCCACCCCCACAGGGAGGCCCCCAGCAGAGACCCCCUCAGCCUGGAAACCAACAAGGACCACCCCCACCAGGAAGCCCUCAGGGACCCCCUAGGCCUGGAAACCAACAAGGCCCACCCCCACAGGGAGGCCCUCAGAGACCUCCUCAGCCACGAAACCAUCAAGGCCCACCCCAAUAUGGAAACAAUGAACAGCCAAGUUACCUGUGGUCACUUUUUGCAUAACCAUCUGUUUCCUUACCAGAGAGAAGGUAAAUAAAUGCCCCAUUUUUCAUUCCAUGCUCCAAAAUUCAGUGAUGACCACCUUGUUCCUAGAGAUAUAGAUCAUGGAUACAUCCAAAACAUGAAUAAUCUUUAUAAUUCUGUGGUGUAUGUGAUUUAAAUUCACUCUCAGUCAACUGUGAAGCUCUAACAGAGUUAUUCAAGAAACUAAGAUAUUUAGGACAUGUUGAAAUUACGCAUUGUGUCUUUCUACUUCCAAACUUUGUUUGUUUGUUUGUUUGUUUGUUUGUUUGUUUGUUUAUUUCAGGUGAACAGUAGACAGAUGACUUCAAUAUCAUUCUUAUAACACACUGAUGUCAAUAAAAUAUUUAGCAUACAAUAA